ACUUUUUUACAAAAAGCACGAGAGUGUAACAACACAGGAAAUGUAUAUUUCAAGGAGGGAAAAUAUCAUAAAGCUAUUGUUCAAUAUAAUAAAGCAAUCAAUGUUUAUCCGAGAACAAAGACAAACAUGAAUGACCUCGCAAUUUUUUAUCAAAAUAGAGCGGCUGCGAAUGAGCAAUUGAAAAAAUAUAGUGAUGUAAAGGCAGAUUGUACAAAAGCGUUAGAGUUAAAUCCAAAAUACAUAAAAGCUUUUUUACGUCGAGCACGUGCUUUAGAGCAAUUAGAAGAUUUGGAAGCUGCUUUGGACGAUUUGAAUACUGUGCGUAUUCACGAACAUUUUUUAAAUCAAACUACAAAUGCAAAGGCAGAUAAAAUCUUGGAAAAGCUUGUAAAACAAUACGUCCAGGAAAAUUUGGCAAACAACAAGUUUGCAAUGCCAAAUAAGGAGUUCGUCAGAAAGUACAUUUUAUCUUUCCCAAAGGAUCCAGUAUUUUCUAGACUUCAAUAUCCAGAAAAUAUUCCAGAGUUUCUCAAGAAACCAUUACAAGCUUUAAAAGACAAAAAAUACGAUGAUAUAAUACCGCUGUGCACGGAAGUCAUUCAAAGACCCGAAUUUGAUACAUUACCUUCAUCUAGACUAGAGGUGCUAUUGUUACGAGCUACAUUUUACUUUCUCUUGAGCAACGUCGAUUCUGCAAUCCAAGAUUUUGAAAAAAUAUUGAGUAGUAAAGAUGCAUCCGUUGAUGUAAAGACAAACGUUCUGAUAAAAAGAGGAGACUUAUACAUGCAUCUCAAAAAUCUUGAAAUGGCUUUCAAUGAUUUCGAGUUAGCCAUUAAUAUGAAUCCAAGUUGUAGUGAGAUCUACUAUCACAGAGGAUGGGUACGCAUAUUGAACAGAUUUUUCCAGCAUUGGGUCUAA